AUGGGCAGAAGUCCUUGUUGUUCAAAAGAUGGCAUGAACAGAGGGGCAUGGACGGCUAAGGAAGACAAAAUUCUUAUCGAGUACAUUAAGGUUCAUGGUGAAGGGAAAUGGAGAAACCUCCCCAAAAGAGCAGGUCUUAAGAGAUGUGGAAAGAGUUGCAGACUUCGUUGGUUAAACUACUUAAGACCUGAUAUUAAGAGAGCAAACAUUACUCAGGAUGAAGAGGACCUCAUUAUCAGGCUUCACAAGCUCCUUGGAAACAGAUGGUCUCUGAUAGCGGGAAGGCUUCCUGGGCGAACAGACAAUGAAAUCAAGAAUUACUGGAACACAAACAUUGGCAAAAAAGUCCAAGGUCAUCCCAAUAACUCCACAAAUCAAUCCAAACGAAACCCCAGUCAAAGCAUGGGUCAAUCAUUAUUUGGCCAGCCACCCUCACCAACAAUAGGAUCACAUGUUGUUCGUACCAAGACAUCUAGGUUGGGCCCAGGAAGAACCAAGCCACAGAUAUUUGUUUAG